CAAUAUACAUAGAGAGCACAAGAGUCGCUUGUAAUCUUCUAAUUUGGCCACCAGAAACCACUUAUUUGGCGGAUUCUGAUUCCAAGUCUUGUGCUUUUCCAAACCCCACUUCCCAUGUUUGCCUUCCCUUUCUUCCCCUCAAAACCCUAGGCGGAGCCGGAGAAAUCCCCGCCCAUGGAAGAAGACAGUAUAGAUAUGGUUCUGGCCAGAGCCACCGACCUCCGAUUGAAGAUCGGCAACUGCAUUCACAAUGCAACAACCACUGCUAGAACGGGAAAUGAAGCCGCUGACGACGGCGGUUCCGGUUCCGAAUCUCCGGUCGGAGAUAUGGAGGACGAUGAAGAAGUAGAACGACUUUUGAGUGUCUGCGAUGCUCUCGAGUCCUUGGAGACUCAGCUCUCCUCGUUGCAGGAUUUACAACAACAACAGCGAUACGAACGGGAAGCUGCCCUCAGCGAGAUCGAACACAACCGCAAGAUGCUACUCGACAAGCUCAAGGAGUACAAAGGGGAGCAUUUAGAUGUGAUAAAUGAAGCUUCUGCCUUUGCUGGGGAGGCAGUAAAGAACAACCAUGAUUUCAUGCUUCCUCCAUACCCAAGCCGUCUUCCAUUCCCUCUUCACCUAAACAAUGGUCAUUUAUCACCAUCCUUGUCUUCUCGCAAAGCUGCCCAUAAUGGGGUAGCCUUAAGCUACAUGAAAAACGACACGGAAAGGGAGUCAAGCGAGUCGUUGACGACCAGCAAACAAGCGAACACGAGAAACUCAAGGAGGAACGGGUUCGGUUCGCUCGUAGCAGCAGCAGCCAAGGUAGUGUUCACCAUUGUUGGUGUUGUGUCCAUAAUGAACAUGUCUGGUUUCGGGCCACGAAUCGUAGUAAACAGAGCUACUACUCAUUUGAAGAAAUCCAGUGCGACCGAACAUCCAUCCACAGAAGACGAGAGACCGAGAACUCGAUGCCCACCGGGGAAAAUCCUGGUUGUGGAAGACGGGGAGGAGAGGUGUUUGGUGAAAGAGAGAAUUGAAGUUCCAUUUUCUUCUGCUGUGGUAAAACCAGAUGUGAACUAUGGAUGUGCUUUGUAUUUUAUUCAAAGAAGCAAAAAGCAAAUCCCCAUGGCCUUUCAUUUCAACGAAGAGAACACAGACAUGGGCACCUGUGGUGGUGAAGGAAGGGUCUUCACUGAACAACAAGAGGCCCUUGUGGUCAAGUCAUGGGGUCUCAUGAAGAAGAAUGCUGCUGAUUUGGCCCUCAAACUCUUCCUCAAGGUAUUUGAAAUCGCGCCGUCUGUUAAGAACAUGUUCUCGUUUUUGAGAGACUCGAAAGUUCCAUUGGAGCAAAACCCGAAGUUGAAGCCUCAUGCGUUGAGUGUCUUCACUAUGACUUGUGAGUCAGCCGUUCAGCUUCGAAAAGGAGGGAUAGCGGCGGCUAAAGCAACCACUUUGAAGAGGCUAGGUGCUUCGCACCUCAAGUACGGUGUUGUCGAUGAACAUUUUGAGGUGGUGAAGUAUGCACUUUUGGAGACCAUUAAGGAAGGAAUUCCAGAGAUGUGGAGUGUGGAGAUGAAAGAGGCAUGGGCUGAGGCUUAUGAUCAAUUGGUUUCUGCCAUUAAAGCUGAAAUGAAGCCUUCUUCCACCUCUUAAAACCUUACCCUUUUAUGUCUCAAUUUUCACCAUGUUUAAAUAAACGUCUUGUACGGUGGUUUCUAAAUUCAAAA